CAGACCUCCUCCUUUCUCUUGAAUCAUGAGGGAUGAAAUUGCAACAGCAGUUUUCUUUGUCACAAGACUGGUGAAAAAACAUGACAAAUUGAGUAAACAGCAAGUAAAAGACUUUGCAGAAAAGCUGAUGACGAUCUUGUUUGAAACCUACAGAAGUCACUGGCACUCUGACUUCCCUUCCAAAGGGCAAGCCUUCAGGUGUAUCAGGAUAAAUAAUAUUCAGAAUAAAGAUCCCAUUCUAGAAAGGGCUUGUGCUGAAAGUAAAGUGGAUUUUUCUCACCUGGGACUUCCAAAGGAGAUGACCCUAUGGGUAGAUCCCUUUGAAGUGUGCUGUAGGUAUGGUGAGAAAAAUCACCCAUUUACAAUCGCUUCUUUUAAAGGCAGGUGGGAGCAACGGGAGCUUUCCCAACGGAUCAGCUGUGCUGUUAACAGAGCCACUUUAGACCACUCCUCUGGCGUUUCCUCCGAUGAAGAAAGUUGUAACAAAGAACCUCAGAUCAUUCCUAAAGUGAGCAAUCCAAAGAGUAUUUACCAGGUUGAAAACUUGAAACAGCCCUUUCAAUCUUGGUUCCAUGUCUCCCGCAAAAAGAACAUGGCAGAUGGCCGCAUGGGCCUCCUAGGGAACACUUAUCAUGCACUGCAUAAAAAUCCCAAGGGUCCGAGGCCUGCUGCUGUCCCCCGGGUGGACAGGUACCACUGGGUCAACAUGAACCGAUAA